AAGGAGGCGCUUAAUUCUGCAAUAGGUAAUGGUCAAAUAGUGGUGCGGCUUUCUGUUUCAUAAUCCCAAUUCCAAAUUGGUGCCUUUUCCACUCCUUAAAGCGUCACUUUACUCUCUCUCUCUGUAAAUAUCAUCAGCCUUUGCUUAGGUUCCAGGGACAUUGGAGACUUAUUCUAUUUUAACCCUUUCUUCAUUAUGUUCUUAUCUUUUUCAGCCCCACUAUUCUUCUCCUUCUGCUUAUUAAUCAAACAAAUUCUUCUUCUGAGACCAUCAUCAUAGACAUGGAUGACGAGUAUGCCAAGCUUAUUCGGAGGAUGAAUCCUCCCAGAGUGGUAAUUGACAACGACUCCUGCGAGGAUGCAACCAUUAUCCAGGUUGAUAGUGUCAACAAGCAUGGGAUUCUUCUUCAAGUUGUACAGGUUCUGACAGAUUUGAACCUUGUUAUCACUAAAGCAUACAUUUCCUCUGAUGGGGGUUGGUUCAUGGAUGUUUUUAAUGUGACUGAUCAAGAUGGAAAUAAAGUUAGAGAUGAAGAAAUCAUCAACUAUAUUCAAAAGACACUUGAAAAUGAUGAAGUUCUGCUACCCUCUUUGAGAGAAACUGUUGGCUUGAUGCCUUCUGAAGAGCACACGUCCAUUGAACUAAGUGGGACUGAUAGACCUGGUUUAUUGUCUGAAGUGUGCGCAGUUCUUGCUGACCUUAGAUGUAAUGUGGUGAAUGCUGCAAUAUGGACACAUAAUGCUAGGGCUGCAGCUGUGGUUCAUGUAGUCGAUAACAUUACAGGUUGUGCAAUUGAAGACCCAAAACGUCUUGCUACAAUCAAGAAGCUACUUCACAAUGUUCUCAAGUGUAACAAUGAUUUGAAGACUGCAAAGAUGGCACUUUCACCUCCUGGAUUUACGCACCGGGAGAGAAGAUUACACCAGAUAAUGUUUGCUGAUAGGGACUAUGUAAAGGUUAGAAGAGCAGAGCAGGGCAAAGUUGAGGAUUUGAAGUCCAGUCCUUGUAUAAAUGUUUAUGAUUGUAGCGAAAAGGAUUACACUGUGAUCACUAUGAGGUCAAGGGAUCGGCCUAAGCUGUUGUUUGAUAUUGUCUGCACUUUAACUGACAUGCAGUAUGUGGUCUUUCAUGGAGUUGUUCACACAGGGAAGAAGGAAGCUUAUCAGGAAUUCUACAUUCGACAUGUUGACGGGCUUCCAAUAAGCUCGGAGGCUGAGCGAGAUCGUGUGAUACAGUGCCUUGAAGCAGCUAUUGAGAGAAGAGCCUCUGAGGGUUUGGAGCUAGAAUUGUGUACAGAAGAUCGGCUAGGACUACUAUCAGAUAUCACUAGGAUAUUCAGGGAGAAUAGUUUGUGCGUUAAAAGAGCUGAAAUCUCAACAGAAGGUGGGAAGGCAAGGGAUAUCUUUUAUGUCACAGAUGUGACUGGGAAUCCAGUUGACCAAAAGACAGUUGACUCAAUUUGUGAGCAAGUUGGACAAAAUAUUCUGCAUGUUAAGUGGAAUCCUUGUCAUUCAGCAAAGCUACCUGAAGAAGGAACAAUCAGUUACCUCUUUGGGAAUCUCUUCAAAGUUAGAACCCUCCAAAAUCUGAAUCUGAUGAAAUACUACACUUAAGUGGCUGCCUGUAGAAGAAUGGAAAACUUUGUACAUAUGCCAGAAUGGAGAUGUCAGAUAACAAAUAGGAAGUGUAAAUAGAUAUCCUACCCAUUGGUGAAGACCUGUUAGUUUUAUGUAAAUAGUGACCAUUAGAUAGACCAUGUAGAUAGUGAUAUAGUACCAAGAAUACUGAUAAAAGAAACUCUGAAACAUCAGCACUAGCAGAUAUAGCCAAGGGGUCUCUGUAUAUACAUGGUUAUUGUAUAGGUGCAUAUAUCCAUACUAUAUACUUUGUACAGUAUUCACUCUCAGCUAGGAAAGAGAACACAACUAUAAAGUAGACUAUGAUAACUUGUACAGAUACUUAUACUGUGGAGAAAACAAAAUAUGUGUAAGAGCUUAGUGUGGUUUUUUGGCAACUGUGGGUUUAGAUCAAAUGAAAACUUGCCUUGGCUAAAAGCCAUUUGGUUUCCUCA